UUUGAUUUGCUUUUGAAUUAACUUUUUGGAGGAAUAUUUCUGAAAGUAAUAGCAGGCAUUGUUCAAUAUGUCUCUCCACAAAGUGUCGGACACUUCGCUGACCUCCCCAUCAACAUCUGAGUCCAAACAGGCAAAACUGUAUGUAGUCAAGGAGGCAAAAGGGCUUCCUGAGCUAAAGGAGAAGAAAUCCACGAUGAAUCACCUCAAACCCCUUCCUACUUCCCUUCAGAAUGAAUUCAGAAUCCCUGAGGAAGUUCUUAUCUCCCUGAACUAUGCAGCCAAUGCUGGUCCCUGUCCUGAAAACUUACUGCCUGCGAAGAAAUGUAAAGCCCCAAAGGGUGCCCUUCCGCGGCUUGUAGAUCAUGUCUGGCAGCACCCUAUUCGAAGAGAUAAAUUCAAAUACCUGAUUGAUCAUCCUGUCUCCCUAACAGGAGCUGGAAGGGAUAUUUCUUUCCUGUAUGAUGUUAAAUACGUGAAAGGAGAGACCAGGGAGAACAAACUUUGUCCCCCAAACAAGUCAACACAGUCACAGACCGGUGCCAUGGUGCCUCAUAAGCAGAAGACAUUAGCAGACACUUUGGUUCCUGAGGAAUUUCAUAUUGUGUCAAAUACAGGAGUUUCGGGUUUGGAGUGUUAUGACGACAAAUACACCACCCUCCUCACAGACAGUGAGAACAGGCUGUUGCUCUUCCCAUCCAUGAAACCUAAUAAGAGGGUGGAAGUGGUCCAGCUGAGUGACGUGAUGGACACCAUGCUGGAGAGGGCUGGAGUGGAAAAUGAGAACUAUGUAGGGCCAACCAAGAUGCACCAGCUGCUCCAUGUGUUGAAGAAGGAGCAGAGCAUUUACAACACAGUGUUUCAUGAGCUGAUUCGACAGGUCAGCGUGGACUGCGUAGACCGAGGGGAGCUGCUGUCAAGAAUCAGAGAGAAGUACGUGCAAAUGCUUGACCAUAUCGCCCGGCAGAUGAUUGAAUUUUACAAAGACCUGGUGACUCAGCGGCUGAUGGACCAGCGCAUCUUACAAGAACUGUAUAACUUCAAGAACGUGAUUGAGGAACUGACCAGGGAACUUUGUCUGGUUCGGGACCAUGACAGGAAAUUAACAAAGGAAGCAGAGAAAGUCCAGAAGGACCUGGCAGAAGCUCUUUUGGAAGCAGAAAAGAAUGCCAAAAUAGUAGAAGACUACCAUGACUUAUACACAAUGCAGAGAGGAAGGAUGGAGAGUGAUAUUAAACUCUUAAUGGCGGAGAGAGACAUUUGGAGCUCAGCCACAUACGAGCUGGCCCUAAAGGUAAUUGAAAGAAAUAGAGUUAUACUGGCUAAAAAACUCUACCUUAGUGAAAAAGGCUGGAAUAAAUAUGCUAAGCAUUUCAUUAUAAUGCUGUCAUCCAAGGACACUGGAGACCUUGGAAUGGUGGAGAAGCUGACAGAAAAAUGGAAAAAGUUAGUGAACAAAUUUAAGCAGGAUGUGGAACACACGGAGGAAUCUACAAAAGAAAAAUCACAACUUGUGAAGGCUGGGCUCAUCAAAUGGCAGGAAUUCUUCAACAACAACAUCGGAAAAGAUAUUGUAAUCCCUAAUAAGAGAAACCCAUUCACCAUAGUUCUGAAUGACUUCAAGGAGUAUGAGAAGAUGCUGGAUGAGGAGAAAGAGAAGUAUACAGGGGAUUUUCUAUUAUCCAGAUAUGACGCUCUCAAAGUGAUUAAACGCUUACAGGAAAACUGGACAGACAUUGGGUUUGGGAUACUUAGUCGUCAUAAAAGUAUGGAUGGGUUGUUACCACCAGAGCACGAGUACAUGGAAGAUAUGAUAAAAAACAUAAACAAAUUCUACAGAGAAUAUGAAAUAAGAAUAAAUGGUGACCAUGGUAUCUCUAAAGUUCUUCCAAACUUGGUCAUUUCUUUGGACAUGUGUGUUUUCAAGUUAGAAAACUUCUUAGACUAUUCUAAAAUGCCCGCUGACGAGUGGAUUGAAGUUGAUGAAAAGAUUAAUGAAAUGAAGUUUCAGCUGGAAUCACUGUUAAACAUCAUUGGUUCCGUUCCACAGGGCAUGGACAUGGACUCUGGCUUGGCACUCCAAGCACAUAUAUAUGAAAUGAUUCAACAAUGGCUUUUGAAGUUAGGCAACGAAAUCACCAAUGGUCAAGUCGAACUUCUUCGCCAUAUGGAUGAACUGCACAUAGCUAUGAUCCAGUGGAUGGUAAAUUUGCUGACCAUCAUGCUUCCUGAUUUUACUGACCAAGGCAUUGUCCCAACGGUGAAGGAGGACAACUUAGAUAUCAUUGAGGAGCAUGAUAUAGGAGUCGCAGAAUUAGAGUUAAAUGCAAUUUCACUGGCCAAGCGGUUGGCACGCUACUCCAGCUACUUGCACAGUUGCUGCGUAGGCAUGGUUAGAGCAAUGGCCCUGAGUCGAGCUGCUCACUUACAGAAGAAUCCUGCUAAGGACCGUCAGGAACUGGAUAAGAUGAACAGAGAAUGUUAUGAUUGGAUCAGCACAUGUUCAUACCUCAUUUCUGAUAUCAAAGGCAGGAGAAUACGCCUACUGUCAUAUGAGGAAGCAGAGAAGCUGCUUGGGGAAGAGGAAGCUACAAAAAUUUAUUUUGAUCCCGAAAAGCCUCAUAUUGAUGAUGAUACCGAUGAUGAAACUGACUUUAAGGAGCCUGAGGGUCAAGAAAAGGAAGCAUCACCACCACCACCAACAGCAGAAGCAGAAGCAACAGAGGCAGCAGAAGCAGCAGAGGCAGCAGAGGCAGCAGAGGCAGCAGAGGCAGCAGAGGCAGAAGCAACAGAGGCAGCAGAAGUAGAAACAACAGAAGCAGCAGAAGUCACAACAGAAGCAGCAGAAGGCACAACAGAACAGGAACCUUCAACAUCUACAAACAAGAAAACCAUUCGAUACAUUAAGAAAGAUGAAAAUGUUCAUUGCAAACCUCUCUUUGAAAAAGACAUAUUUAUAUCCUGGAGAGAACCUGCUAAUCAAGGUGUAUUGGAGCCAAAGUAUCUUGAAAUAAUGAAUGUAAUUGAACAUAUGCAGGAGAAACUAAUAGAGAUGGACAACAGGGCCAGAGAGGCCGAGGAGAGGUUUGAUGAGGUGAACGAGCAGCUCCAUCACACCAUCAUCAAGAACAGAGAUCUGGAGAAGGAACUAGAAGAACUGGUGAAGAAAACCAUCAAAGGCUCGCAGGUGAAGAUAGAAGACACCAAGGAGAAUCAAGGGGGAGAGGAGGAAGGAGAGGAGCACCCAAAAGUAAAAAAGUCCCCCAAAUCUGCCAAGAAAGAUACACAGUCCGUAGACAGUUCUGAAGCAUCUGGAAGUCGGACUAAACCUAAGAGCAAACCCAAGUAG